AUGCCCAGUUUUACUGGAUUAACGGAUUUAAUACAGCGCAAAAUCCAGUCAAAAACGAUCAUUCUCCUAGUGGGACUCCCAGGUUCAGGAAAAAGUACGAUUUGUCAUCAACUUUCAGGCUUUCUCAAUGCGCAAGGAUACAGCUCCUUGGUCUAUAAUGCUGGGAACAUUCGCCGGGCGAUGUCGAGUGGAUUUUCAGACUCUGAGUUUUUCAACCCCGACAAUGCUGAGGCUAGUCAAAAAAGGGAAAAAUACGCCACAAUGUGUAUGCAGAACAUGCUUGAAGACCUCAAAGAAAACCGCGUUAACGUGGGCUUCUUGGACGCAACAAACUCUACAACGGUACGCAGACACUCCAUGCUUAAGCUUAUACAAAAAGCGGACGUAGAAAUCUCCAACAUUUUUGUUCUUGAUGUAUCUUGCACCGAGAAACGACUUGUCAAUUACAAUAUCACGAGCAAAGCUUUCAACCAAGACUAUAGAGGAAAAGAUAUUGCCACCUCCAUUUCUGACUUCAAAAAGCGCUCAGAACACUAUGACAGAAUUUUCGAGCCAAUACUUUCACAAGAGUUUGUUGAAUUCAGGAAUGUGAAACAUUUUUCAAUACAAAAUGGUGGGCGUACAUUUGUGGUUCCCCAAGACGCCUCAGAUGACGAUUCUUGUGAUGUGACAUUAUUACUCGCAGCGUUUGUAACGAACUAUUACAAAACCUAUGGGGAAAGCUAUCAUGCAGCUGUCGAUGAGUUCUAUAGCUGCGCUUUGGGGGGGAUCUAA